AUGCCGCCCACCAAUGCCAAUGAUAGUGAGAAUUUUGUCACCUUUAAUUUGACGGCGCCUUCCACAGUCGGUUGGUUUGGUGUAGGGAUUGGUGAUGGUAUGAUCGGAUCUUAUUUGAUGAUUGCAUGGCCAAACAGCGACAACACAAUAACAAUCUCACAACGCAAAGCAGUAGCUCACGCCGAGCCACCAACCACAGAUCAACAAACCGAUUUAAAUUUAGACUCAUCCUUAAGCGGAGUGCGAAAUGGGCAAAUGAUAGCAAUAAUUAAACGCGCUGUAACAGUGUCUGGCUCAACAAUGACUACAUCCGGUGAACAAUCAUUCGUUUGGGCCUUCUCUAAAACAAAUCCUAAAAGCAAUCAGAAAAAUGCUAGGUUAACGCAACAUGAUAAUAAAGGAACAACCUCUUUCAACUUAGUCACCUCUUCUUCUGGUUCUCCUGCCACUGAUGUCCAAACCAUUAAUGCAUUGAAUUCUGAGGAUGGAUUGACGAGAAAUCAAAAAUUAGCGAUUGCGCAUGGUUCAUUAAUGUGCGGUGCUUGGUUGAUAACGAUGCCAAUCGGGAUAUUUAUGGCUCGUUUUGCCAGAAAGUUACUACCGAACGCAUGGUUUAAUUUGCAUUGGAGCAUUCAGGUUUUCGGCACUACCACAUUAGCUAUUUUAGCUUAUAUCCUAAUUCAACUUCAAGAUAAAGUUUGGGAGUCAAAAUAUGUGAAGACACAUCGCGUACUCGGGAAUAUCAUUUUCUUUGGAUUAUUAGGACAAAUGGUACUUGGCAUGAUCCAUCAUCGAUUAUAUAGACCCGAUCGUGAAUCUACUCCAUGGUGGACAAAACUUCAUUGGUGGGUAGGAAGAACUCUAUUUGUCCUAGCACUCGUACAAAUCGUUCUCGGUUUUGAAACUUAUAACGUUGUAACUAGUGUCUACGUCGUCUAUUUUACCUAUGUUUGUUUUUUGAUAAUCGCACUUUUAUAUGGCUACGCUCGAGUGUAUUUGGGUUGGUCCACAGCAGAGUAUCACAAACCAAAAUAG